AUGUACCAAUCCACUUCUCUUUUGUUCUGGUUUUCUUGGGAUGAAGCCACCAGUUUAAUGCGGCAUACAACACAACAUUACAGAGUAAAAUCUGAAAAGGUGCUGCCGGAGGCAGAAAGGGUUAGCAAUGAGGUUUCAGAGGCUAUAAAGAAGAAGGACGUUUCUGUCGAGUCGAGCCUGUCUCCCUCCAUGGCUGGGGCACUGUCGAUGUGGUAUCCGCGGUUACGUAGCGCAGACGAGAUAGACUCCUUUGUUUCGCGAUUUUUGGCUAGUGGUGGGGAAAAUGAAAUGGGCUUCUCAACCACGUUUUCUCCCCAGAUAAUAGACGCAUCGUGUCAGCGAGGAGUGUUCCCGUUGGCCUUUGAUAUCGGAGGUUCGUUUGUUUACGGUCCUAAACUACACUGCCAACGCUAUCUAACGCAGCUGCAGUCGCAUGUAAAGGGGUUCCCCACGGGAGGUGAUGAUGAUGAGGGAGUCUUCAUGGUGAAGCGGCUGCAGGUGUCAAAGAAAUAUACACGUGAGAGAAAUUUGAGUACGCGUGCAGCUUCCUACGAUGUGUUCGUGAACCGGAAGGAAGAUGUGGCCCCUGUGCUUUCUCUCAUACAUGCACAGCACGGAGAGAACUGGCUCUGUCAUGGCCUUCGCGUGUGUCUUGUGCAUAUGUUCGUGAACAGCGAGCGAUACCGUACAAAAAUUGUUUUUACAGCAAUUCGGCGCCACCGUCAUGAUGUUGGGACGGAUGCCAAGACCGAAAGCAGUGGAGGCAGCGCCAUGUGUAACCGCGCACAUGGUGAUCAUGUUGAGGAAGGUGACCUCGUUGCAGCUGAAGUCGGGUUCGUUGUUGGCGAUAUUUAUACCUCUGCUACAGGUGCCUACUGCGCGAGCGGUGCAGGAACGCUUCAGCUAGCGGUUGUGGGGGAGGUGAUGCGCUCCGUAGGGUGUAAAGUGUGGGACUUGGGCAUGGGGAUGGACUACAAAGUCAAAGGUCUUGGAUGCGUCCCCUUCCCACGAAAGCGGUGGUUAGCAUUAGUGUUUGAACGCUCGCAGGAAGGCGCUUUGUCGGGGUUCAUUGACAGCAAGUUGCGGGAGGAGUUUUCCCGCGGUGUCUCCGUCAGGCAAGUUCUGAAGUAA